GCGACUCUACUGAUGUGGAAGUGCUGACGACUGUGGAAAUGCAACAUGGACAAUUUCAUGAAGACGAAUCCCGUGGCAACAUGCCCUUCCAUGGAGCCGGGUCCGUCUCGCACUAAUAUGUUGCAAGACUAGUGCUUUCAGUGCGGAGAAAGAUUACGCGGAGCUAACGCGAAUGCUUGACAGAGCCAUUAUGAUGUUUUGUCCGCCUGGGAUGUUUUGGGGGAAGAGCUUUUAACGGUAUCUUUAUUUUAGCUUUUUAUUUUGCUUGUGCUCGUCGACAUAUCCGACUCCUAACUGUUAGUACCAGAACGAGCAAACAUUGGUGGUUUUCUGUACAGACAAUAGACUAUUCAUCGCUUCAUUUACAAAUUGUUUCUGAGGUUCAAGAAAUUCAAAAUGACUAUGGAAGGAUCUACAAUAAAGAGUCGGAUUAAAAAUCUCCUCCGCUCUCCAUCUAUCAAACUGAGGAGGAAUAAACCGGGAAACAACAAAGAGAACCUCGCUAAUAAGGUGACUCUAGAGAAGGUGCUAGGGAUCACUGCCUCAGGGAACCGGGGUUUGGCCUGUGACCCUCGAUCAGGACUGGUGGCAUAUCCAGCAGGGUGUGUGGUUGUCCUGCUGAACCCAAAGAAGAACAAACAGCAUCAUAUCCUGAACAGCUCCAGGAAAACAAUCACCACUUUGUCUUUCUCUCCUGAUGGCAAGUACCUGGUUACUGGAGAGAGUGGGCACAUGCCCGCGGUGCGGGUGUGGGAGGUGGCGGAGCGCUCACAGGUGGCAGAGCUCCAGGAGCACAAGUACGGGGUGUCCUGCGUGGCCUUCUCUCCCAACAGCAAGUACAUCGUGAGCGUGGGCUACCAGCAUGACAUGAUCGUUAACGUCUGGGCCUGGAAGAAAAACAUUGUGGUGGCAGCCAACAAGGUGUCAAGUAAGGUAUCUGCUGUGUCUUUCUCUGAGGACAGCUCGUACUUUGUGACAGCUGGGAACAGGCAUGUCAAGUUCUGGUAUCUGGACCACACCAAGUCCUCCAAGGUAAACGCCACCGUACCCUUGCUGGGCCGUUCUGGUCUCUUGGGAGAGUUGCGGAACAACUUUUUCAGUGAUGUUGCGUGCGGGAAAGGCCGUAAGGCUGAGAGCACCUUCUGCAUCACAUCUUCCGGCCUGCUGUGUGAAUUCAAUGAGAAGAGACUGUUGGAUAAGUGGGUGGAGCUACGGCGAAACGACAGCAUCCCAACCAGCCUGGCCACCUCUCUGUCUGUGAGUGAGGAGCUGAUAUUCUGUGGGUGUGCGGAUGGCACAAUCCGAGCCUUCAGUCCCAUCAACCUGCACUUUAUCUGUACCUUGCCACAGCCACACAGCCUGGGCACUGACAUCGCCACCGUCACUGAGGCCAGCCAGCUGUUCUCCUACAAACUAGAAGCACGCUUCCCUGACACGGUGGCGGUGAGCUACGAUCCAACCAACCGCUGGUUGUCGUGCGUGUACAAUGACCACAGCCUGUACGUGUGGGACACACGAGACCUGCGUAAAGUGGGAAAGGUGUACUCAGCCCUCUACCAUGCAGCCUGUGUCUGGAGCGUGGAGGUGUACCCAGAGGUGGCCAACGGGGAGCAGGCCUGUCUGUCUCCAGGCUCCUUCCUCAGCUGCUCCUCAGACAACACCAUCCGCCUAUGGAACACCGACGGCCACAGCUCCACCCUCAGCCACAACGUCAUCAGCAAUGACCUCAUGAAAAUCAUCUACAUGGACAACAACACCGCCACCUUGCUGGAUGCGGAAUGUGUGGCUACCAGUAACACGGAGAAGGCUGACCCCCAGACCUCUGAGAACAGGAGCGGCAUCAGGACUAUGUGUGUGAGCCCAGAUGGGCAGCACCUGGCAUCGGGAGACCGCAUUGGCACCCUGAGGAUCCAUGAUCUCCAGAGCAUGGAGGAGUUCUUGAAGGUGGAGGCCCACGAUGCAGAGAUUCUGUGCCUGGAGUACUCUAAGCCUGAGACUGGGAUGAGGCUUCUGGCUACUGCUAGCCGAGACCGACUGAUUCAUGUGCUGGAUGCAGAGCAGGAGUACAGCCUGUUGCAGACACUGGAUGACCACUCCUCCUCCAUUACCGCUGUCCGCUUCGCCGCCAAUGAAGGCAAAGUGAGGAUGAUCAGCUGCGGAGCUGACAAGAGCAUCUAUUUCCGCACAGCCAAAAAGACAAGCAACGGGACUGAGUUCACGCGCACCCACCACAUUGUGCGCAAAACCACUCUAUAUGACAUGGACGUGGACCCCACUCGCAAGUACGCCGCCAUCAGCUGCCAGGACCGCUGCAUCAGGAUCUUCAACAUUAGCAAUGGCAAACAGAAGAAGCUGUACAAGGGGUCCCAGGGGGAGGACGGGACCCUGAUCAAGGUGCAGAUUGACCCCUCGGGGCUGUAUGUGGCCACCAGCUGUUCUGAUAAGAACCUCAGCAUCUUCGAUUUCUACUCAGGAGAAUGUGUGGCCACCAUGUUUGGCCACUCAGAGAUUGUAACAGGAAUGAAGUUCACGAAUGACUGCAAACAUUUGAUCUCCGUCUCUGGAGACAGCUGUAUCUUCGUGUGGCGCCUGAACCCGGAGUUGACCAUCAGCAUGAGGCAGCGGCUCUCUGAGCUCAGGCAGAAGGGCAGGCCCAUACAGAAAACACCUCCCCAUAAACCGUCCGUUCUGAGUGACAAGGAAGCUGAAGAAGAUGGCUUUCAGGAAGAGGAAGAAGAAGAAGAGGAAGGUCCUGAGGAGGUCCCCUUGCACAUCUCCUCUGGAAGCAGCACUGGUGAAGACAUAGGUACCGGAGACAAUGGGCACAACUCCCAAAGGAAAAUGAAGCAGGACAUGAUGGCGGGGGGGAGGCGGGUGGAGACCCCUGUCCGGGCCGAGGUGCCCACCUCCCGGCCCCGGCGGCGCUGGUCCCGGCGCAUCGGCAAUAUGGAGCUGAUGGUGAAGUCCAUGCUGGACCUGCGGCAGCUGGAGUCCUUCACCAUGCUGUCCACACUGAGCACAGCCCUUCCCAUUACCUCUUCUAGGGAGGAGCUGGCGCAGAUCGGCAGUACCACCAGCCUACAGACCACAGGGGUGUCGGUGAUGAGGUCAGAGGAAAGAAUCCAGAGACUGCCCUCCCGCCCGCACCCCAUCUGGUUAACCCCCAAGACCCCUGAGACAGAGGGGGCAGUGUUAUACCCUGAAGGAUGCGAGGACCAGGACAGCCUCAUGUGCAGUGAGUAUCAAGUGAGAGAGCGGCCCCAUGGCCCCUUGAUUAGGUGUUACCAUAGGAACGAGUGCCAUGACAAGCACAGCCCAGACAGUGCCUGCUCCGUUGAUUAUUCCAGCAGUCGACUGUCGAGCCCAGACCAGCCCAGGGAAGACUCCGAAGCCACAGAGCCUCUCAGCAUGGAUGGGAACUCCUCUGAACUGGAGGGGGAAGAACUAGAGGAAGAGCUGGAAGAAGAGGGUGUUGAGAGAGGUGUGGUCACUGGGGCGGUGCCCCAGACACCAGACCAGGAGACCUUCCUGAAACAGCACUUCGAGACUCUGGCUGACCUCAACAGCACAGCAAGCCCAACCCGAACCCAGAGCAGCACUGAGAGUGUCAGCAUCUCAGCUUGGUUCCUGUCUCAGAGCUCCACCAGCAGCCGGAAUCCCUUCCUUUUCCCCUCUAAACUGGCUGGGGAGGCAAGGGCUGCUGGAGGUGUAGUGCGGCCCCUGGUCUCAGAGGUACGGCCCCUCAUGGAGCAGGGCCAGAGGAAGUGCUCUGAGGACAAGACGGAACUGGAGCCCCCUGAGAAAGGGCCCCUUCUGCGCUCCACCCCCCAAAAGAAGAGGACCCCUGGGGUGGACCCCCAUCGGGUGGCCAACCCCACCGCCAAAGCAGCCACCCCCAGUGUUGGCACAGAAGGGCUGAGGAAGUCCCAGUCUGUCCAGAACCUGGACACCAUCGCUGAUGGCCCCAGGACUCCGUACCGACCCUUCAGGGAGGUGUCCCCCCUGCCCAGUGAACGGGACCACCGUACCAUGCCCCGCCGGUCCCUCUCUGCUGCGCCCACGUCCCCCCAGCACCGAGACAGCAGCCUGCCCCUUCCCAAGGCCCUGAAGGCCCGCUCCUACAUGAGCCCCACAACCAGCUCCAUGGCCAAGAUGUCUCGCUCCAUUUCCAUGGGCGACAGCCUCAACCUGGGGGAGCCCAGCGAAGCCCUGCUCAGUCUGAGCAGCAGCAUAGAGUCCGGCUCCCGUAGGGGGUCAGGGUGUGACACACCCACAUUCAAGGGCAGCUCCAGCGACAAGAGCAAGGCAGCCUGUUUGCCCAUGGCCAUUGUCUCCACCACCACUGCCCCCCCCUCGGGGCCCUCCACACCCCGUGCUGCGGUUGCGCCCACCCUUAGCACUGUCAGCAGCAGCACCCCCUCCUCCAAAGUUCUCCAGACCAAGCUGACCAAUAGCCCCCGCUCCCACCUCACCCUGGAGAUCCCCAAACCCCUCCCAGACAGGCCCGCUGUGGCUGGCUUAUCCCCCAGCAGCAAAUCCUCCAAGGGCCCCAGAGAUGACCUCUCCCCCAGGUCUCCCACAAGUGCCUUCCUCAGCCGGUCAGCCCUGCAACGGCAGAUCCAGAGGCCAAUGAGCUCCAGCAAUGUCCAGCUGGUCACCGCCCUCCCUGCCAACCCAUGCAGGAUCUCCACGGAGAGCGCAGGAUUGGACAACGCAGGGACCCCCCUGCGGCCAGUGGGCGAGAGGGAGGAGGAGGAGGUGGAGGAGGAGGAGGCACCUCGAGCUGAAUUGGAGAUCCCCCUACUGGCUGGCCCUGUCCCCUUGCUGGCCCCGCCCAGCCCCCGAGACCCAGACACCUCUCUCAGUAUGGAAGCCUGUCACCUUGUGGCCAGGGAGCUGCAGAGCAGUAUGAAAAAGGCUGCUCAUCUAUACAGGAUGGUUAAUACUGCUGAAGAGGAGCCCAGUGUGGAGCUGCGGGAGAUGGCCCAGGUCCUGUUGGAGGCUUUCAGGGCUGUUCAAGCAGAGCUGGACUUGUUGCCACCCUUUGUGCCCACGGGAGGAACAGAGAGUACCCUAUGUGCAUUUGGGAGCCAAGACGGGGGCCCCAGUGAGGAGAAGACCCUAGCUCUGCUGGAGCAGUACUCUGAGCUUCUCCUGAAGGCAGUAGAGAAGAGGCUAGACAACAAACUAUGACCCCUUCCCUGAACACACACCCACCAUUUAAGACUCUGCUUCUAAUCCACAGCCAUUUUUCAACAGGCCCUGCAUCCUGGCUGAGACUUAUUGGCACAUUCAGGAUUGAGAGCCAUGGUUCAAGGAUGUCUGCACCACACACACCAUUUUUGUCCAGCUAUUCAAAAGCUGUUUACAGGACUGUGUUGUUGAGCAACAGCUUCACCUGGUGGCCUAACUGAACAGAAAGUAUAAUUUGGCACCACACCACCUUUCAAUGUGGACCAUUGACACUCUUCCUCUCAUAACCACUUGUUUGGCCUGGUUGUCAAAUACUGCCCCACCCUUUUAUUGUGACUUCAAAGAACGGUUUUAAAAUGCAGUUCUCAUUCAGGCAAAUUUGUCAAACAACCUGCAGGUCUUUUCAGGAUGCAGAGGCCUGCUGUAUCUCUGAUGGUAACUUUCUGCUUGAAAAGAAAACCUGCUCUGAAUAAAGCAAAUGCCUGGUUCCCAGCACAAGAGAGGCAGUAGAGCAGGAACAGUCAGCCAGCAAAUUGCUGCUGUUGAAUGGACCCAUCUGAAAGACAGCCAUCUGGCUGCCUGCAUUUUUACACUAUCUUAAUCUUUUUAAUGUGAAUUACCUGUGAGGUGGCUGCUGACUCUAAGCAAAUGAAUACCCAGAAACACUAAAGCAGUCGGCCUGCACAGACUUAUGCCCUGCAAUAUAUAGGGGCAACCCUUUCUAAGAUUCAACCUCUGGAUCCUCUCUGACUUUUUAUUGAAUAAAUGUUACAUAUUGUGUUUGAAUUGCUUUUAGGUUUAUUUAGGGUGUGUGACUUGUAUUUAUUUUGUUGUGGAAAAUCAGUGUGAGAAAAUUGUACAGUGCAUGUGUUUUUAUAUUGGAUGUUAAUCGUAUUACUAGAGUCUGUGCCAGAACUAAGGGCAGUGUCACCAGACAAAGCAAAGGUCAAAGGUUACUUUAAUUCAAUGUCUAUGAAGAUUUUGAACAUACUGAAGGAUUGGUGUGUUUCCAAGAGCAUAUAUUUCAGGUGAAUUUUAUAAAAGCUCAACAUCUUUAUUAUUGGUAAUUUUUUAUUCCAAAUUCAUAUUCCAGAGACUUGUCAUUUCUCAAUGAACUUGGUGCCUUUAUUGAAAAUGACCAGCAUUUUUUACAUAAUCAGUUCUAAUUGCUUAAAAGUUUUUAAGUGAAGGAAUCUGUAUUAGGGAACUGAAAAGGACACUACUACCUCUCCAUAAAUCUGAGGUUGAUAAAAAGUGCUUCUUCAUGAUGAAACAAUGUGAUUAUAAAUGAUUAAAGAAAUGGCCUUCCUCCAGUGGCACUGAGACACUAUGCUCCUGGGUGGAGCUGAACCGAGGGGAGGAGAGGAUUGGACAGAAGUUAGAGGAAUGUCAUGAGGAACAUCAUGCCAUGGCCAUAAUCGGUGAUCAGGCAAGUUGUUUUUCAGUGAGGAAUACUCCACACAUGGCUUUGUGAUUGGCCCCCAGGCACAGCUCUUUAACUAUAGUCAGUCCAACCCAAACAGUACAGUGAACAUACCUCUAGGUGGCCUCCAGUCCAGAUCUCCAUUCCUCAAUGCCCUGCAGGUUGUGGUGUCUUCACCCUGGUUUCUGGCACACUGUUUCUUACUUUGCAAAUGACAUUAUAAAGCACUUUUAUUCCUCUUUACUACAGUGAGUAGGUCAAACUUUGGCGUUGCCAGACUUCUAGGUCAGCUCUGACUUGGAGGGUCAGUUUCUCUCUCUCUGUCUCUAUCUCAUAAAUCAUGCCAUUCUUUACCAUGCUGCCAUAGCAACAGUGGCAUCCCUCUGCCAGACAGGCACAGUACUGCCUGCCACUCCUGUGCAUCUAUCUUGACUUUUGUCCAGCUAAUGACAUACACCCCUGCUCCCCCUAUGCAGUCACUCAUGUUGGAUGACCCUCAAAAGACCUGCUGCGAUUCUAUAGGGUAUAGUCCAUAUUGAACAAUAACUAUAAGGACAUCGUAUAUAUAUAUAUAUAUAUAGUAUGGAAUGAUACUGUCUCUAAGGCACUGUAAAGAAGUCCAGCUACAAUGAGUGGCAACUAAUGGCCCUGACACAACGCUCUUCAGUUAGUCUGGACUAUAUUAUAGCAUUCCUAUCAGUAAACCAUUGGUGCAGUCAAGCUGAAUUUGCUUUUGUUGCAGAAUCACAUACUGUAAAGCACAGACUGGUGUGGUUCUGCCUCUCACCUCCACAUGUAGUGGGACCAAUCUGGAUCUGAUAAAACCAGGCCAAACCUGCUCCUUCUGGUUCAAAUUCAUUUGAAGGCAAGAGUGUGUGGACCACAAAAACUUUGUUUCCUUUACUUGUACAGAGGAAACCAUGCUACCCCUGAGUAACUGUGGGGGGAAAAAGGCUUUGAAAUAACUAGUAUGUAGUGUGUCUCCACCCAACACUGUCGACAUUCUCAUGUCAAAUUCAGAAUCUGUCCCUGUAAUACCCCAUCUGUCCUUAAGAGAUCAUUGUCUCCCUCUGAAGGUCAAAUGAAUGCGACAUGUACAUGAAUUUUGCACAUUAGUGAUGAGCGGCUCUGGGCUGUACCUUACCAAUUUAAUACGUGGGGUGUAUGCAUGGCGGGCUGUGGGGUGUGGGGCUGGUGCUCCCCUAAACAACAUUGCAUGCUUCUACAUAUCAGACCCAGCCAUUGUAUUGAGGGUCUCAGCAUUAUUCCUGAAGUAGCUCUUAGUUUGGAUGGCAGAUUCCCAUUAAGAUUCUGACCCUGUCUUAAUGCUUCAGCUUAGAUGGACCAAAACAAGCUGUCUGUUAGAAAGAGUUAUCUCUGACUUUGGCAAGUUCAGUUCUGUGUGUU